AUGACAAUUUGGGUUUUAUUAGCUCAACUGAUUUUCUCAUUCUCUACUCUGUUUCUCUCAUUUCUAUCGCUUUCCAUAUUCAAAGAGAGAAGCAACAGAAAAAGAGUCGUUGCUUUCUUCCACCCCUACACCAACAAUGGUGGUGGUGGAGAGUGGCUAAUAUGGUGCGUCGUCAGCGCCAUCCAGCAAGAGAAUCCCGAUCUCGAUUGCGUUGUCUACACCGGCGAUGACGCCUCUCCGCAAAGCCUCGCCGCCCGGGCGCUCGAUCGGUUCAACGUAAAGCUCCUCUACCCACCUCGAGUGGUGUGCCUGUAUAAAAGGAAGUGGAUUGAGGAAGCCACUUAUCCGCGUUUCACAAUGGUUGGACAAAGCUUUGGCUCAGUUUAUCUCUCAUGGGAGGCUCUAUGCAAAUUCACUCCCUUAUUUUAUUUUGACAGCAGUGGCUAUGCUUUUACAUAUCCAAUGGCACGGACGUUUGGGUGCAAAGUUUUUUGCUAUACACACAAUCCGACCAUCAGCUUAGAUAUGCUCUCCCGUGUUCGCCAACGCAGUUCGAUGUAUAACAACGACGCGCUAAUUGCAGCGUUUGGCUGUCCUGAUUCAAGAUCAUCUAUUACAUGUUCUUUGGUUGGAUGUAUGGGAAGGUAGGCUCCUGUGCACACCUUGCAAUGGUGAACUCUUCAUGGACAAGGUCUCAUAUUGAGAAGUUAUGGAAAAUCCCCGAACGUACUAAGAGAGUUUAUCCUCCUUGCGUUACCUCCGCCCUUAGGUAUAUCGUUCCUUUGUUCCUCUGUCGAAAAAUGGCAUAAUUAGGUUUCCUUUUUUUUCUUUCCUUUCUUCUUCUUCUUCUUCUUUUAUUUAUUUCAUGUCCAACUAAUGUGUCAACUUCUCAUUCCAAGUAAUGGGUAAUAGUAUACAUGUUCAAGUACUGUCAGGUUAAGCUGGCACUAGUUGUUGAGUUGGUUACUUCUGCCAUCAAGGGGAGGUAGCGGGUUCGAGUUCCGC